GACAGAUUGAGACUCUUUCCAUCUAAGUCUUUUCUCCACAAGUGAGGGAGGUACCCAAACCGUUUGUAGUUAUGCAGACAGCCUGAGAAACUCAGCUGUCACCAGCACUGUUUGAUCCUGUCUCCCCACCCAAAUGCGGUGUAAGCCUGGUUCCCUGAGCCAGCCUUUUUGUUUUUAGCAACCCAAAUCAGGGUCUGGCCUACCCAGUUUCAGCAAGCAGGAAGGGUGGAACGUCCUUAGAUCACUUGCCUGCUCAGCGCAAAGAGAUUUUCCAUGCAUUUACCGCAGCUCUGUUAUAGCUAAGCAUUCCAUGUUUAUAUGUUCUGUUUGUGUAAAUAUGUGAAAGUACUGGCAUAAUGGUGGCACUGGUCUUUCUAUUUUAUAAGAAGUCCUUAAAAUGCUAUGUUAUGGCUAAUAAAAAUUCUGAAGCACAGUGACUCAAAGUUUGCAGUAGAAAAUUGCUCAUUAUAGAAAGAUAGUUUACCCUGUCAUGGGGCGUAGUCUGUCUUACAGUGGUCAGUGUUACAAAGUACCCUAAGCACGAUCUGUACAUUGCUCUGUUUCCUGUAGGGGAUGAGACUCCAGGCUUACCAGGAAAGUAUUUCACGGCUGUUGGUAGUCUUCACUGCUGGGACACUUUGGUUGCUGGAAGGAGUUUGUAUCACUCUUCAAGAAUAAGUCCUCUCUGAAUAUAUGAGCUGUGAGGUACCGGAGAUGGAACCAAGUUGUGCAUGCAUUUGUACACAGCACUGUAUUCUUACGAGUGGCAACCAAGAGCAGCUCUCUGCAGGAUGGACAAGAGUGAGAAAAUGCACCAUGAUCUCUUUGCUCUGUAUUUCCCCAGACUGGUAUUUAUCUAGUGGCACUGUGAUGUGCUCCUUGGCGUGGCGCAGGAAGGGUUCUGGGUCCAUGAGUCUGCAAGGUCCACUGGCCUUGUAUUGGAUGUCCAAUUGGAUGUCCUAGUGUUGAUGUCCAGCAGUUCAAGUAGUGAUAUACUUUUAUUUGCUGCUCUGAGCCUCAAAUUUACCUGACAUUAACUUCUGGAUGCUAAAACUGGGUGUGGGAAUGACAACAGUUUCUUAUAUUUUUCUCCACUUCUCUAAAUAUAAAUGCUUGCUAUUCAUGGCAAGCAUAAUGAAUAAAUGUUCUAAGGUCUGCUUUACCAUGUCUUGAUUCUCAUCUGCUCUAUUCUCUGCUAUCACCUUUACUUUCCUUUUUUAGAAACCUGAGCUUAGAAACACGUAGGUACUUUGUCAUGACAUGCACAUUCUUGAUUUCAUUCUUCCUAAUAGGAGUAAGUUAAUUACAUUUGUCUUCUAGCUUUGUAGAACAAUUAUGUUAAACAGAAAACAAUAUCUUUUUAAGUCCUUUUUUUAUCCACUAGAGAUGAAUGUAAAUCCAGAAACAAAUUAUAAGGAGAGAUUUUUUUUUUCUUAAUCCCUCUACUCUCCUUUUCCACUCUUGUUACUUUGCCUUUAACGAACCUUGUAUUUUAGUCUUCCAAGCACGUGCAUCACUUCGUGUACCUCAGUUGCCCUCCUACAGUUAUGGGCAGCAAACUUCAGCUAGUGGGUGUUAACGAAAUGAUGAUGACUUGAAUCAGCUGUAGACUGAUGCCUGCAUAUCUGUUUCUAAUUCUGCACUAAUUUCUACCUGGACAACUCAUUACAAGGAUGAUUGUUUUUGCUUCUUUGCAGUUAAAGAUUUGCCCGAGGAGAGGCUAAACACUAUAGCAAUAGGCAUGUAUAUGUCUCAAUCUCAUUUAAAGAAGAAAAUGAGAACAGUCAUGGCAAAUGCGAUGGGGAAGAACUUCAGCAACCCUUGUGACAAUUACGAUGACACAUUAGUAUAGCAAGAUCUUGUUAAUGGCUUAGUGUUUAAGACAAUUCUUCAGCUUUCUGCAAGUCGGGGCAGUUCUUGAUAAUGUACAUUUCUCAAUUAGGGAAGAGACUGACAAGGCAGAAGGAGUCUCCGACCAGAAAAUUACUUCAUGAUAAUGCAGAGGAAUUUUUUUUUUUUAAGAGCCUUAAGUGAGAGAUUGAGUAAAUGCAGCUUGACUCAGUCCUAGGUGAAUCUAUACAAUUUGUUUUUAAAAGAGCAGGAAGUAAAACAAGAUUUGGAGGAAAAAAAAAAAAAGUUGAGUCAUCAGUCAUUAAAAAAAAAAAAAAAGAUUUGUGCCCACUGUCUUUGGAUCUCUCCCCCACCUGUUUGCAAUAUGUGUGAGCUGAGUUUUGUUGGUCACGCAGCAAUUUACAGGUAGAACUGAGGAUUUCUAAAAACCCAUUGGUUCAGUUUGCUUGUGCAGUAACCUCUGCUGUAAGCAAUUUGCAGCUUGUAUACAAGAUAUUUAGACUGUUCACUAGUGAACAGAGCAUAUCCAGUAGCUUGUACUGAUACCACUGUAGCAGAGUGGCCUAAUGCUGCUAGUAUUAUUACUGACCAAUCAAAAAAAUCUGCUAAGAGGAGGUAUUAUAUCUAACAAACACCUUUCCAAACGUUCAUGCAGGAUUUAGCUUUGAUCAUGGCUUUCUUCUUGUCUCCUUCAUGCAAAGAACGAGACUGAAGUUGUGGAAUGUUUUUUUUUGUUUGGUUGGUUGGUUGUUUUUUUUUUUUUUUUGACUGUUGCUAAGGAUACCAGAGCACUUAUGAAACAGGCAGAGAACGGAGCCCUUUCUGGGAAAUUCAGCUCUCUGUGAACCACGUAGGAGACUUUGGUGCUUAUGGAAGAUACCUCCACAUGCAGGCUGAAGCUGUGAACCUGUUCUGGGAGUCAGCUGCAUAUCUACCCGUUGUGAAUUUUAAUCCUCAGUAGCAGAAUUAUGUUUAAGUAAUACACAUGCUUUACUGUCAUAGUCUCUAAACUGAGACCUUUUAAGAAAAAAAAUCUAAAUUUGGGUAACGUUUCUUCCAGCUUCUGUUCCCAGACUUACUGUGGUUGAGCAUUACUUUGAUUCUCAUGUUCAGAGUUUGCCUUUUUGGAGACAUGACAUGAGUAAGAUGAUCUGGUUUGAAUGGUCUGUGGCCAGGGUGAGGCUAGAGAAGGCUGCAAUGUUAGACUGAAGACCUCAAGUUCCAAGCAUGUUUCUGACUUAAGUACACACAAGUCACAGAACUAACCCAGUAGCAACUGCUCUGGCAGUAAUAAUAAAGCAUAACACUGUAACAGAACUACCAAAAACAACAUUAAAAAAUGGACAAAGAAUCUUGUAUAUUGAAAGCUUCUCUUGCUUCUUGAAGUUUGACCACUGAUGAAAUAUUUUUUAUUACCUAAUUAAACCCAAAAAGACAGGGAAGGUUUUGUAGCUAUUGUUUGCCAGCUAUUGUUUGUGUGGGCCUGAGAUAAGAUGCUGACAGCUCCUAGAAAACUAGUUUGACUUUGGUUUUCAGGAACUUUAUUUAAACUACUCGAUGAGAAUUUGGAGCUGCUAGGAUAAUUCAGCACCUACUGUGCAAAGACAUUGUGCUCACGUGGCAGAACUUCUUGCCCAGGCAGAGAGCCCUGAGUUAGUUUGUGAGCCUCAGGUACGCUGCAUUCCUGGCUGCCAUUUUGUAUUUAUUGAAGUCUGUUGAUCUGAGCUUUGUUCUUGCAAGUUCCACAUCUUUAAAAGCUACCUGCUCCUAAAAACCUGGUUUUAAGAAUCAUGACCUAGAAGCCUGGUUUUCAGUCCUUUGAGUUGGUGUGAAUAUGCAGGUGGUCUCUUUGGAAACCCACCUGUACAGAGAUGAGCCAAAAUAAGGUUUGUGAUCUAGUCUGUGCAAUCUAUAAAUCGGUGUUUGUAAUUACAAGUGACUGAAAUCAAGGGACAGACGUGCUUGAGCAGUGUUGCAUCUUGUGGGAAAGCACAGUCAAACUUACGUGCAAGUCAGAUUGUAAAUUGCAUUGGCUGUCUGUUCUGCUUUUUCCUCAUGAAAAUGUUUGAAUAUGCCUUUCUUGAAUACUUUGAAGAAACUAUUUAAAAUAUUUUCUUAAAUAUUGAAGACGUUGCUAAUUUAUUGGAAGAUACUUGUGUGCAACCUUGAGAAAAAGCAUAAACUAUGAAGUUUAGACCUGCAUAUUUAACAACAGAACAGCAUUGUGAACUUCUGUGACAGUAAUAAAUAUAGGCAUGGACUUUUCCAUUCCAAAUUGCAUAGCCUGUAGGCAGCCUUCAUUUAACGAAUGUGUCUGCAGGUCACAUCUGUGAAAGAGUUGUAGUGCCCCGUCUUGUGGAGGACUGAACUUAAUAACUUAAACUUGCAACUACAAAGGCAGGUAGGUAGAAGUAUGAACAUAUGUUUCUGAUGCUGUACCAGUGAGUGACAGGACCAAAUAGAUGCUAAGAGCAGUGGUCUGCAAGCACUGUGCCCCAGGUUAGAGAAGAUAUUUGGAGUGUGCAAAUUGCUUGAGAUUUUGUUAAGACUGUUAGAGGGAAGCUACCCUGAGCUGGGAGGUGGGUACACUGGUGGGUAGACUGGUACACUGCAUGAGCAGGAACUUGCCCCCUUAUAAGAGUGAUAAUGAGUAUAGCUGCGGUCUUGCCUAAAUGCUAAUUUGGUUCAUGCAGUGCUAUAUUUCUAAUGGAAUUUGUCUGAAAGCAAGUUGAAGUGACCCUUAGUUUGUCAGUGAAUGGUUGAGGAUCAUCCAGAUAACUGUUGGAUGAAAUAGAAGCAGCUACUGCAUAUAAUAGCGUAGAUCCUGACUUUCCGGCAACCUGGGAAGACCACGGGAAGGGUAACAGAACUACUUCAGUCAUUACAAUAAUGAUACUAUAUUGCAAGCUUGAAAAUGGGAACAGUCUUGUAUUUAAAAGAAAAAAAAAAAAAAAGCUCAUCUAGUGAAUGCAAGCCAAUUAAGCUACUUAAUUCACCAGAGGGAAAACAGACCUAGCUUUGGAGUCGUCUUCAGCCUUCCCCUUCAGAAAGGUUUCCUGGUGGCUGCCUGCCUCAAGAGCUGUGUUUAGGGCUGUAGCACUGAAUUGAUACUGACUUUUUCAUGAAGAGAGAACUGGGGUCUGAACAAAAGGAGUGGAGCAGUUCGUCAAGAAUCUUUGUAAAUGCAGAUAUCUCUUCAGUUUUCUGUCCUAAUAUGAAUUUAGGAUUAUUGUGAAUGAAGUGGUUUGUGUUUUCUUGGCAGGUGAUUAUCACCUCACUUAUUUCUUUUUUCCAUACCGCUUAUAAAUAUAAUGAAUAGCAGAGAUUCCUAUGAGAUGUGCCUUGGCUUCCCCAAAAAUCAUUAUCGUUUUUCUCCCUUUCCUCUAUUUUAAUUUGUUUUUCUAUCUUAUCUUUGUAUCUCAUGGCAGCUUAGGUCUUUUAAGAAGCCCUUUGUAAGACAUCUUGUUUAAGUCAGACCUGCCUCAUUCACUGGCUUGCUCAGGAAUUGAUGUAGAUUUUCAAAGCAGGACUUGGAUUUACAAAAUCUAUUAUGAUUCUACCCCAUUUUAACAUAUCUAUGGGACUACUUGUUAUUUUAUUUAGUUGUUAUAUUACUUUGUUGCUUGUGCUAAUUUAUCUCUUUUUGCAGAUCUUAACUACACUGUCAAAAGUGUUUGGGUUUCUUUGUGGAUUUUUUUUUCCAAUUUUCCUCAGUCAUAUGCAAGUAAAGUGGUGUUGGGUGCGAGGCUGCAUACCGUCAGCAGAUCUAGUUUUUUCAUCCUUUACAUGGUUGAAUGUUGUCUGUUCUCAAGAGCUAUCUUCUUGCUGUUAGCUUUCCUCUCCACUCUCUUCUACUGAUAAUUUGUUUCUAAGGCAACUCAUCUAGUUGGUUCUGAUAUGCCUCUAUGUGGCUGUGUUUGUGUAGUUUACGUGCCCAAAUGUUUAACUCUUUCCAUUUUUUCAGCUGUUCUGGGAUAUGCUUUUUUGUUCCCUGGUGUUAGUUUUUUCCUUAUGUAUACCUUUGAGAUUUCUGAAGGCUUUUUUAUUUGACUGGCAGGAUGUGUUUAUUCUAACAUGAUGUCUUGAAAUAGUCUGUGCGUCUCCAGAGAACAAACAGUUCUUUUUAGGGUCUCCUUUUAGGUGCAUUGAUUUUUCAAUAUGUAUAUGGUUGCUGUCUUUAAAAUUGAGCAUGGCAGUAGCUGAUCUUCUGGCUUUGGUCUCCCUGUGGAAGUGUUGACUUAGAUGCUGAUACUGUUCAGGUACAUGGUAGAAAUAUUAUAAAGCAAUUUUAUGUACCAGUCAGGUCUGAACCAAGAGUUGCUUCCCAUCUUGUGAGUUUCCUCACAGCAUGCAGAAAUCCAGUACUACCUGACUGCUCGGUGUGAGGAUUUUAGAUCUUAUUUGAAAGAAAUUGAAAUAGUUGUUCCCCGGCAUUUUCCUUGUCUUCCUGCCACCACAUUUCCUUUAGGCCAGCUGUGUAGCUGUGUUUAUGUCCUUGUUUAAGGUAAAGUAUUCUGGACCUGUGAUACCACUAUUUUCUCAGAUAAUUCUGUUAAACGUGGGAAGCAUUGUUUUGGUUUUCUGUCUCUGCGUCCUGUUCACAUUGAACUUUUUUUUUUUUAUUAACUUCUCUUUACUUUUUUUGUCAACUUGAUGUAUUCUUUACUUGAGGAUGCAGUGUUUACCAUGGCAUUCAGAAUAGUGUAUCCUCUGCAUCAGACUGCUUUCUGCUAUUCAAUUUGUAAUGCUUGUAUGCUAUUCCUGUUAGGAUCUACAGGUGUUGUUUUUCUAAUAAUCCUUUGCUAGGCUUCAUCCACCCCCUAAGCUUCCCUAGUCCCUGAUGAAUCUGCACCUCUCUUUCUUCUUCUGUAGCUUUAGCCAUGCAUUGAGACUGCUUUCCUACUGGCUGUUAUGGGCGUUCUGGUCUUUGGCUUCCCACUUGGCUUCCUACAUUCUGCCUGCAGACUCCUUCCCUUACUUGUAGUGGAACCUAUGCAGAUCACAAUCCUGGCUAAUUCUUCAGCAUUUCCCAGUUUGGCCAGGCUUCUCUUUGCACCAACAGGCACAAUCUCUGCAAGCAUGCGCUAAGCCUGUUAGGUAUUUGGUAAUGGUGGCUAUUUACCUGAGUUGGAAGGAACACUUAAAGGUGUUAUAGUCCAACUCCACUCCAUUGAACAGGGACAUCUGCAACUUGAUCAGGUUGCACAGGGACCUGUCCAGCCUGACCUUGAAUGUCCUUAGGGGUGGGGCAUCCACCACCUCUCUGAGCAACCUGUCCCUGUGCCUUACCACCCUUACCGUAAAAACUUCUUCCUUGUAUCAAAUCUAAAUCUCCCCUCCUUUAGUUUGAAACCAUUUCCCUUUGUCCUGCCACAGCAGACUCUGCCAAAGAAUGUGUCUCCUUCCUACUUAUAGCCUCCCUUUAGAUACUAGAAGGCCACUAUCAGAUCUCCCCAGAACCUUCCCUUCUCCAGGCUGAUCAGCCCCAGUUCUCUCUGCCUAUCCUCAUAGGAUAUAUUUUCUAUCCGUUGAAUCAUUUUUGUGGCCUUCCUCUGGUCAUGCGUAACAGGUCCACGUCCCUCCUGUACUGAGGACUCCACAAGAAUUUACUGUCCCUUUAUUUUAUCUGGAGUUUCUGCUGCAAGGAAGUAUUGUCUAUACAAGAGUUUACAGGUGAUUAAUAAUAAUAAUAAAUUAGUAUACAGGAGAUUAUUAUUAUAUGAAGAACCAUUAGCCAGGGUUAUUACAUCCUUCACCAGUUGCGGUGCCUUCUUGACAUUAAAGUAGACCUGAAAAAGCUUUUCUGAUGGUUGUUUUGCCUGCAGGUGAGAGUGUUCAGAGAUUGCCGUGAUGCCUCCAUGUCAUGCAUUCUUCCAUCUGUGCCAUGAUAGCCAUCAGAAAGGGCUCUGUCUCUGAGUAUUUGGGACUGCCUGAAACCUAUACCACCUAUACCACUUGGGUCAGCGAUAAAGCCUCAAGUCUAUGCUGAGAUGCUGCACAGUGUGUUGUGGAGUUCGGGACGGUACAUCUCCCAGACAAAAGAUCCUCUUUCUGACCUCUCACUGGUACCCAAAGAUAUUGACUCAGAUGGACUCAGGAGGGAGGAAUGUGAAGCCGUGGAAGACAGCCGUCAUCGUUGUGUCAGUGAUAAUUGGUCUGGCCCUCAUCAUUGGCUUGAUUACUUAUUUUUUGUGCCAUUUAGAUCAGGACCGAUAUUACAAUGCAACUUUCCUUAUCACCAAUGUCCCAUAUGACCUUCAGUAUGGAAGGCAAACGACGGAGGAGUUCAGAUACCUGAGCCAGGAGAUUGAAACCAUGAUGUAUAGAGUAUUUAAGGGGUCCUUUCUGAGCCGCAAGUACGUUAGAUCCCAUGUUGUCGCUCUAAGCCCAGAUCCUGGUGGAGUGCUUGUAUCUGUUGCUCUGGUAUUUAAAUUUCCCUCAGCUGACAGUAAGGCAACAAGCUGGAGUCAUGUCAACAGUGUGUUACGUAGAAGGCUUGAAAUAAGCUCAACGUUCUUGAAUGUUGACCAGUCUACCAUUAAACUCACAGAAUUGAAUAAGGAGAACGGAGAUAACCUUUUAAACAACUUCUGUGGAAUACGAAAGGAGGCAUUCUCCUUCACAGGAGUGGAAAGAAUAACUGAUGGACAGCGUGCACGGGAUGGAGAAUGGCCAUGGCAGGCUAGUAUUCAGCUCGAUGGGACACAUUACUGCGGUGCGUCGGUGAUCAGUAAUACGUGGCUAGUGACUGCAGCCCACUGCUUUAAAGGAGAAAGAGAACCUCGGAGAUGGACUGCCAGCUUUGGAAUUCUGUUGAGACCUCCAAAACAGAGAAAAUAUGUCCGAAGAAUUAUCAUUCAUGAAAAAUACGAUGGCUUUGUCCCUGAUCAUGAGUAUGAUAUAGCUCUUGUGGAACUUGCCUCCUCUAUUGAGUUCACAAGUGAUGUGCACAGUGUCUGUCUUCCUGAAGCAUCUUACAUAUUACGGGAUAAUACUUCCUGUUUUGUCUCAGGUUGGGGAGCUUUGAAGAAUGAUGGCCCUAGUGUUAAUCAGCUUCGACAAGCAGAAGUAAAAAUUAUUAGCACUGCGGUUUGUAAUAGACCACAAGUGUAUGCUGGAGCAAUAACACCAGGAAUGUUGUGUGCUGGAUACUUAGAGGGACGGGUGGAUGCUUGCCAGGGUGAUUCUGGUGGGCCACUGGUGCAUGCAAAUUCCAGAGGAAUCUGGUAUCUCGUGGGAAUAGUGAGCUGGGGUGAUGAAUGUGGCAAGGCUGAUAAACCAGGAGUGUACACACGAGUGACUGCAUAUCGAGACUGGAUCGCUUCCAAAACAGGCAUCUGAAAUCUGUAGUUGUUUUCAGUUUUGUGGGCUGUGUGAAAGGCUAUUCCUCUGACACACUCUGCUCUGUGGUUGCCCUCUAAACAGCUGCUGCCUUGGCAUGUAUUGGUGUAUCAAGUGCUGGCAAGCUUGGAGUAGUCUAGGACUUGAAAUUGGUUUGGCCUACAACCAGAAAGGAAUGGACUCAAUCAUGUGACAUAGGAGUUUGUUCAGGAACUACUCUGUCAAAGGGACAAAGACUUUGGUUUCCGUGCAGCCUACUGACCCUCUUCUGUGUCCAAAUCUUCUGGCUGCUAUUUUGUGGGCAAAGCAUGAGCCCACAAAUCCGUUUACCAGGAUCUAAAAACAGAUGUAACUAAAAUGUGACCCAUCCAUUUGCUGUGUGCUUCUAAGGCCCUGCCUGUCUGUAGACCAGCUACCAUCAAGCCCCUGACUCUAAGACUGCUGCACUUCUGAAUUCUCCUUGAGCUUUUUUUCCUGCAUUGUUCCAUGGAACAUAUGCUAACAACGGACAGAAGAUGGCUUAGAGAAAUUUCAUUUCCUAAUAUCAUGUCAUACAGUUACCUAAGUGAACUUGGAAGUAUUUUUUGCUGUGAUGUCCUGAAAAAGUGAUCACUGAGAAAAGCCAGCUUCUGUCCACCGCCUUUGAAUGCAUCCACUUCCUGCUUCGUAUGAACAUCCCCUACCACAACAUUUGCUCUGAAAGUGAUUUCUGGACUUGAGGCCAAAUAGUACUUUGUGUUCACACUAGUCUAUUGUUGUACAUAAAUAUCUGACUGAAUGAAAUUCCAUUUUAAAAACUU